AUGACGGCCAAUUCGAACCGGUUCUCCACGUAUACGACUACUUCAGUCGGUACCGGUUCGGACGGAAAGAAGGAUGAUCAGAAAAAGGACAUGUGGAGCUCUAUGCUCGACUCCGUCGCCAGCGGCAAGAGAUUACCUGAGAAGAACUUGCUGGUCCUCGGGGGUUCCGUAGAUUCGCAACGAGACUUCCUGGAAGCACUAUCGAGUAACGAGGGACGGAAGGGUAUAGAUCGGAAUAACCAGAGAACCCCACCAGUAGCCAACAGCUAUGCCCUUGGAUAUACAUAUUAUAACGUCUUAGACGCAGAUCAGGAGGAUUUCCUAGCACGCAUAUCGCUCUACUUACUUAGCAGUCCAUCGCCUUCAUUUACUUCGCUCAUUCAACCGCUCUUGACUCCGCAAUCGAUUCCCAAUACAUUAAUAGUAAUAUUGCUCGACUGGUCCCAACCUUGGCUAUGGAUGCGACAACUUCGAGAGUGGUUGCUCCUGUUGCGGACCGUAAUGAUGUCCCUCAGUCAUGAAUGCAAAGCGACGAUGGAGGAGGUGAUGGAUAGCUGGAAAGACCGCGGGCGGACAGGCGGAUCUGUAAAUCUAGAUGGUACCGGCACAGUUGCGGCAGAAGGAGACGUCGCGUUACCACUCGGACCAGGAGAGUGGGAAGACGGCCUCGGCUUACCGCUCUGCGUUGUAUGCCAGAAUGCCGAGAGAAUAGACCACUUGGAAAAGACGCAAGCGUGGAAGGAGGAGAAAUUCGAUCUCGUGCUUCAAUAUCUAAGGACGGUCUUAUUAAGGCACGGCGCUUCUCUUAUUUACACCAUGCCAUCGAUGACACCAACGCUACAAAGUCUUAUUCACGCCAGCCUUGGAAUCCGCUCAUUACUCAAGCGUGACUCGCUAAAGGCUAACGUUAUUGACCGAGACAAGAUUGUAGUGCCCCCUAACUGGGACUCGUGGGGCAAGAUUCGAGUAUUACGAGAUGGUUUCGAUGUUGAGACGGUCAGCGAGGGCUGGUCAAGAGACUUGAACCAACCUUUCCCUAUUUCAAAGGCAAACGGGAUAAACAAUGCCAGUCACCAGGUCGGCGGAGAUACGAGCGAUCAGGGUGAACCCGAAGGCUCUGCCGUUGCUCUGUACGAAGAGCAAGUUCAAGACACCAGUCUAGAUGCCUUACAGCUAGCUCAAGGGAAGCAGGACACGAGCAAAUUGGAGGUACCUUCGGUCGACACGCAAGCUUUCCUUGCCAAUCAGUUAGAGCGACUUGAGCAACAGAAGAAGUUAGACGAAAAGGCUGGUAAACUUCACAACAGCAGUAACACAUUUGCACGAGAACAUCCCGACGAUAUGAUCAGCGAUCACAUUGGUCCGGUGCAAUUUAACAUGGGCGGUAUUCAAGUGGAUGCAGACGAUAUGGUACAGCGGCUUAAGGACCGCCAGGCCUACGGACAAUCCCCUGAACCCCGUCUGGACGACGACGCCCGCCUCGAGGAAGCGGGAGGUCCAGUAGAUACGGAUACGUUAGCCAAAUUCUUCGGCAAUUUGAUGAAUAGAAAGCCGACAGCUGGCGGUGGUGUAACUAAGACAUGAUGGGAAUACUGGCGGUGUUACGGAUGCAAUACGAUAAUGAGAGGCUCAUGAGUCGGGUUGUAUGCAGCUGACAAUGACGGGACCACUCAACUAAUGGAAUAACUCAGAACAUGGAGAUCACGAGGAGCAAUCCCGCCGCAUCUCGCGUUUCUCCCGCGAGUAAUGCGUCAUGGUCCCCGAGGAGUUCACAAAACAUUCUCCUUUUCAUUUGUAAAACCCCUUGUAAGGAAUAGGGACGCAGAGUCGGUAUCAACAGGAGCGGCGGGGGAUAGGGAGUGGAGCGCAGGAGGACAAAGGGACUUAACUACCAGGAUGAGGAAAUAUUUUAGGGGGGAACGGAAGAGGGAGAGAAAGAAAGAGAGACUUCGCAUCAGGACUUGGAGUCAUCGGCUGUCUGUCGGAUACCACAUACACAAACAAACCCCUCCCCCUAUUUUUUCCGGUCCGGGAGAGUGAAAAGGAGAACACAUAAACCAAACAAACCUACCUGCAUCUAUGGUUCGACACUGUAGAAUAGAUACCCCCUUAAACGAUACGAAGAGAGCGAACAAACCAAACUACUACUACUACUACUACUACUACCUACUUUGCCUUUGAUGCUUGCUGGCUUGACGUUGGCGUCGUGUGUAGUGCUUACGCUCAGGUAGGUAUUCGGGCUUCAUUCCAAAGGUUCAGUCGCUA